AUGCAGACUGUCCUCGUCAGCCUGCCUCAGUAUGCCUUCAGAGGAGCACCAACGGAACGGCCAUAUUCAACACUUUCAUCCGUUCUUGCACGACUGAAUAUGAAGAGGCAGCACCGAAGGGGCUUUGGUCAGAUCUGGCGCUUGUUUGGCAUCAGUGAGCUGGAAGCUAGCGAUCGGUUCGCCAAACAGAGGGAUAAAACAAUGUCGGAAGCAAAGAUCCACGCCGAGAUACAAGUCAUCUUCUACAUCGAAACUAUAGGCCCCCAGCCCCUCCCUCGAGUCAUUUGUUCCAGUAAAGAUGCUUGCUUUCUAUGCAAUGCUUUCAUCGCCAUGCAUGGGAAGUUCCACACACCACGACACCAUGGUAGACUCUAUCCUGGCUGGCGGUUGCCACAUUUUCCUCAGCCGAGCGACCUGGAGCGACGCUUUAUCCAGAUGCUGGAUAAUCACGCCAAAGACAAGUACGAUCUUAACAUUGCCGAUAUCGAAUUCAACGCUGAGCAGCUUGAACGGCGGGAGCGGUAUUGCGCAGGUGCGCAAUGGCGUGUGCCCAAUGAGCAGCUUCGAGUCUCGAGCAUCGGACAAGUUGAUCACUGCACCCCAAGAGCAGACGCCCGCUGA